CCUCCCAUAUCAUGUGAUUCAGGUGUUCCAAUCCCCUCCAUAUCAUGUGAUUCAGGUGUUCCAAUCCCCUCCAUAUCAUGUGAUUCAGGUGUUCCAAUCCCCUCCAUAUCAUGUGAUUCAGGAGUUCCAAUCCCCUCCAUAUCAUGUGAUUCAGAUGUUCCAAUCCCCUCCAUAUCAUGUGAUUCAGGUGUUCCAAUCCCUUCCAUAUCAUGUGAUUCAGGUGUCCCAAUCCCCUCCAUAUCAUGUGAUUCAGGUGUUCCAAUCCCCUCCAUAUCAUGUGAUUCAGAUGUUCCAAUCCCCUCCAUAUCAUGUGAUUUAGGUGUUCCAAUCCCCUCCAUAUCAUGUGAUUCAGGUGUUCCAAUCCCCUCCAUAUCAUGUGAUCCCGGUGCUCCAAUCCCC